ACUUAUUAAAUAGAUAUUAGAAUGGAAAGUAGCGAAGACCAUGAACUUAAUGAAAGAGAGGAAGAUUUGGUCGAGGAUCCAGAAAACGAAGAUGAAGCCGAAAUGGACAAUGAAACGAAUGCAAUAGAGGCUGAACCUGAACUGUUAGAAAGCAGCUCUGAGUUUGAAUUUAGUGACACGGACGAUACUGAGGAUAUUGACAAAGCAUAUGUUCGCCUAAGCACGAAAACAAAAUUUGGAACCGAACAAACAGAAAAAGAAUUCGAGACCAUAGACCCUUUCGAUGAUGACCUAGCGGACCUCAAAGUACUGCUUGCAAAGCCAACCUGCUUUUUGGUACUCGGAAAACCUGGGUCUGGUAAGACAUCAGUGGCACGGAAGUUAGCCAAUUUUUGGAGAUGCCAGCUUAUUACUCCUACAGACUGCUUGGAGCAAGCCAUCCAACAAAACUCAACUCUUGGAGUUAAGGCUCAACAAAUUCUGCAGAGAGGCGAAGUGGUCAAUGACGAGUUGGUUAUUCAAAUAAUUGAAGAGCGUCUCAAAUCACCAGAAUGCGAACACUAUGGUUACAUCCUGGAUGGAUUUCCCUGUCUGAGCGAAGAGUACAUGUCAUUUGGGGAACAGAUGAGCAUGUUGAAGAACUUGACGCUGAAGCCAGAUGUGAUCAUCAAUCUGCGCAUUCCAGACAUGGAUCUGGUCAGUCGCAGGAGUGGCAUCAAAGUCGACCCCAUGACCAACAUAUCUUACCCAAAGGACAAAUAUGCGCCUGAGAAGGGAGACGGGAAGAAGAAGGACUCCCUGGAAGAGGCAGACGAAGGAGCAGAAGAAGAGGAAGGAAACGAAGAGGAAGAGGAAGAGCAGGGACCUGUUGAUGAGGAAGAUGAGUACACUGCCUUUGACGAAGACUCUGGGGAUCUUGAAGAAGAAGUGGUCCAGAGACUGGUCACUCGACCAGAAGAUUUUCCAGAGAAUGUCUCUGCCAGUAUUACUAAGUUCAAAGACGAACUGCUCACUCCGAUUGAAGAUCUCAUGUCCGAUCACGAGCCUCAGAAUCUGAUCGAGAUCAAUGGCAUUCUUAAUGAAAAGACAGUUUUCAGGCAAAUCAUGCUGAAGCUGACGAUGCUGUCGUUCCGACCUGCCAUCGUGCCUAUGAGACUGCAUGGAUCGGAGGAGGAGGAACUACCUGAGGAAAUGGACUCUGACGAACUGUUCCGACAGAUGGCACCUGUCAAUCAUCCAGGGCCCAGAUGGAGGUGGCGUCGAUCUAGAUGGGGUCGCUUCUGUCCAGUGGCUCUGAGGGAGGGCAACAUCCAGUGGGGAAAACCAGACUUCGGAGUAUCCUUCCUGGACAAGAUGUUUUUCCUUUCAUCCGAGGAGGCGAUGAAGAAGUUCCUGAAGAACCCCCGCCAAUUCCUUCUUCCCCCUCAGCCCCGUCCACCCUGUCGCUUCUCAGUGGUGGGUCCGCCCUUGAGUGGCAAGACCACUCUGAGCUACAUGCUGGCCAAAAAAUACGGAGCUUAUGUGUUGGACGUGAACAAAUUGAUGAGGAGUAAGUUUGUGGAGGCGAAGCAGAAGAUGGUGGAGGAUGCGAAGAUGGAGGCCACAGAACAGGCCAUCAAUCAGGUCAAGCAGCAAGUGGAGGCUGCCAUGCUAGCCGCCAAAGCUGAAGAAGAGAUGGCAGCGGCUAAUGCGAGUAACGAAGAAGGAGGGGAGGAAGAGACGAACGAAGAGGGAAAAGAAGAAGAGGGGGAGGAGGGAGAAGGCGACGAAGGAGCUGAAAAGAAGGAGGGCGAGGAAGAAGCUGAAAUUGAAGAAGUCGAAACUGUUCGACCUAACACAGUUGGUCGCCCCCACAAGCCUACUCGCCAAACUUACCAAAACGAGCAAAACGUCGAUUCCGGCCAAAUAGACCGGCUAAUUUUGGACGAUCCAGUUUCGUACCCUGAGCCCAUUUACUCGAACCUGGAUCGUAUAGAGGAAAAAGUGGAUGGAAAAACAGAAUCGAGUUACAGUAAUUAUUCUUCAGAUGAAAACAGAAUGCAAACAUGCGGAAAGUCGGAAAGUAGACAAAAGCUUCGAAAAAAUAAUCGAGUUUCUUUCAAAGAUGAAGUUGAAGAAUUGUCGCUUGACCAACUUGAGAAAACGGACAAAAAUGAAAAACCUGUUGCAAUCGAAAUUUCAGAAGGUCUUGGUUCUAAAAAUUGUACCGAUGCGGGUCAAAAAUCAACAAAGGAAAUCAAAACGCCUGGAGCAGAGCUUCGCUGUCAUAAAAAUUCCGAAAUAGUUAAUUCAAGAAGUUUAAACGAAAUCGGUUCAAAAAGUUUCGCUGAAAUUGGAGAAAUACAGCCGCAUACGAAAAAAAGGCCAGAAGACAUACCUUGCGAAUCACUAAAAGGUCCAAUCAUGGCUGACUUUAUGGGAAAGUCGCAACUCAGAUCUUGUAAAGGUUCAGUGGAGGGCGAGGAGACCACGGGGGCAGUGGGGGGAAACCCGGUGGACGAAGUGGAUGAGACACACCCUGAAGUGAUUGCGAUAGUGGGGGAGGCAGUUAAAGUGGCUGAGGCCAAGGAUGUGGAAUUACCUGCUGAGGUGUACGCGGAAUGUAUUCUGAAUGCAAUCAAAAGAGUGAAGAAGAAGAUGGUCAAACUGUCUCCCUUCACACCAAUGGCCACUGCUUAUGAAAAGGACGCGUUGGACGAAAUAUCAGACGGUGGUUACAUCCUCGACAACUUCCCCCGCACACGUGAACAGUGGACUGCCCUUCUGGACAAGGGGGUGACAAUAGACGAAGUGCUGUGCAUGCAGGAUAACUCGGAGGGGGGUCAGUAUCUGAUGAGGAGACACUAUGAGUUGAACAAGGGGGAGAUUGAGGAGAGGAUUACGAGGAGGAUUGAGGAAGAGAGAAGGAAGCAGGAGGAGAUGGAGGAGGCUGCAAGAAAAGCGGCCGCGGAGGAGGAAGAGCGAAGAAGGAAGGAGGAAGAGGAGCAGGCUAGACUGCUGGCGGAGGAGGAAGCGGCUAGGAAGGCUGCUCUGGGUGAACAAGACGAAGAGGAGGGUGAGGGAGAGGGAGAAGAAAAGACGGCAGAUGACUCAGAGGACGAAGACGAGGAGGACGAGAGUGAAGGUGUGGAUCCGACUUCGGAUGGAGAUCCGAAUACGAGUGAGACGCAGAAUGUGACUUCAACCGAGGAAGGAAUAACCAGACAAGGGGAUGGAACUGCAGCUGCAGAUGCUAACAAAGCAGCAGAAGAAGCCGCUCUUUUGGCUCCGCCCAAUCUCCCAUUCCUUCAACCUACAGUUGAUACCCAGAUAGACAACCAAUCAGAGGCCGACUCCAAGGCAGAUCCCACUCCAUAUGAUGCCCCAGAGAUGGAGGAGUUCAAAUCCAGGAAGCUGGAGUUUGAGAGGGAGUGGCCUCAACUGGCUUCUACCAUCGCCUCUUCCUGUCCGAUUGAGCCCAAAGUGAUCACAGUGGACGAGGGAGUGACCAAAGAACACAUUCAGGACACUGCUAUCAAGGCCAUAGAAGAUCCCUUCUCCUACAAGGGGUGGGAGUACACAGGUCUGGAUAUGGACGAGGAGGAGGAGGACUUCGAGAACGACCAGGAUGGAGAGGAGGAGAUAGGAGAGGACGAAGAGGAUGACGAAAUGCUGAAGAAGCGCAAGCGUCCUCUUGGCGACACUCAACACUACUGUCCAGUUGAAUUGAAGGACAGAGGAGUGUUGUAUCCAGGGAACCAGGAGAUAGCUGCCAAGUACAGGGAGAAGACAUACUAUUUCUCCACUCCAGAGGCCAGAGAGAAGUUCAUGAGGGGUCCGGAUCAGUAUGUCGCCAAAGACAAGCCACUUAGGGCCCCUCCCCUGCGUCUGUUCAUGUUGGGUCCCAAAGGGAGUGGGAAGAGUGUGCAUUGUGAGGAGCUGUGUGCCAAACUGGGUCUGUUCCACAUCUCCUUCCUGGACAGACUGCAAGAGAUGCUCAUUCCCAAGACCAAAAAACGCGUCUUGCGCACUGGCGAGGAAGACGAAGAUGCAGAGGAGCCAGAUGAUGACAUCGACGGAGAAGGGAACAAUAAGGAUGGGGCAGGGGAUGCCUCCAAGGCAGAUGAAACUGAACCCACUGGGGGAGAUUUCUCAGGGGAGACGGGAGAGGAGGAAAAGGAUGGUUCUGAGGAAUUGACAGAGGAAGAGGAGUCCAUUAGAGCAUACUUGGCAGACGAUGAGCCUCUCCCUCCUGAUCUCCUGGAUCAGAUCAUCAACAAAUGGUGGCACGCAGAACCAUACAAGUCAACUGGCUUCAUCCUGGAGGGAUUCCCCCGCCUGCAGGACGAGGUCACUUACAUCCAACAGGCAGGUCUCUACCCAGACUGUGCCAUUGUGUUGGUGAGUGAGGACAGUGACGUCAUAGACAGACUGUUGCCCCCCAGGAUGGCCAAGUGGGGGGUGAGGAGGGACAAGAGGGUAGCUAAGAAGCAGAAGAUGAUGGAGAAGAAACAGAAGGAGAGGGAAGAAGCGAUGACGAAGAGGCGAAAUGAACUGCUAGCCGAAAGAGAAGCACGUCGAGAAGAGCGCAGGAAGCAGAAAGUGGACGAUGACGAUGAAGACGAAGAAGAAGAUGACAUUGAAGCCAUUCUAGCUGAAGAAUUCGAGGAGGAAGAAGUCGACGAAGAAGAGGACGAGGAGCAAGAGUCGGAUGCCCUGGAGCGAAUCAAGGGGGACAUCACAGAGCGGUUUGAGGAUGAGAACAACAAACUGCAGGGGGUGAUUGAGGCUCUGGACGAGUUCACAAUACCCAAGAUAGAAAUUGGAGCAGGCCGCAAGAUCAAAAUCGUGAAAUUCUUGAUCAACUCGCGACUGGACAAAAUGAUCACAUGCAGACAGAGUAUCUUCGAACGAGUAUACCCUGUCUCGGUUCCUCUCGCCAAACGACUUCUGAACUCGGGCCACAAACACCCUUCCAUAUAUGGAAAGUGGGAUCCAGUCGAUCUUCUCAACAAAAAAGCAUGCGUGCAACCAUUGCAGAACGCUCAGAACCCUUCAUUCACUGCUGUGUACAGACAACACGUGUACUUCCUCUCCUCAGCCGAGAACAGAAACGUGUUUACGGACCAGCCGAGGAAGUUUGUCAGUCAGCCUCCCCCCAAACCAUCCAUCCCCAUCCAGAUUGCCAUCAUAGGGCCACCCAAGUCUGGCAAAACUACUCUGGCCAACAAGUUCGCAGCGCAGUUCGGCAUGGUGCGUCUCUCAAUAGGGGAGGCCAUCCGAUCAAUCCUCACCUCCCUCCCCUCCACCCACCUGGCAGCCCAGAUGAACGAGUACCUGUUUAGAGGCCAGGCACUCCCGGAUGAACUGGCUGUCCAGGCACUGCAGUGCCAGUUACUGGAUAUGAAGUGUCAAACUAGAGGGUUUGUGUUGGAUGGCUACCCAGUGACUAAGCGGCAGAUUGAACUGUUAAAUGAGCAGCACAUUGUGCCCCACAAGGUCAUUCAGCUGCAGGUUCCCAAUGACGAAGUCAUCAUCAGGGGCGCCAAGGACAGAAUAUCUGCUGAGAGUCCACUUCUUCCCGAUAGAGUAGUGCUGCCUUUGCAUGACUCUCACAAGAUCCUCGCUAUCCGACUGACCGCCUGGCAGAAAGAAGUCAAUGAGGUGAUCGAGUGGUACAAGCGUGAACACGAUAACUUCCACAGUGUGGAUGGGACUAUGAGCAAGUGGUGGGUGGGGGAGAAAAGCAAGGAGAUCGCAUUCGAGAGUGUCAGGGCCACCCAAACCUACAUGGACAGAACUAGUCAAGGUAAAGCAGCUUCAAUCAGGAAUCUUUGUAUCACCCCCACCGAGUUCACGUCGCGCCUCGGAGUGUUCGGUCAGUAUUGUCCGGUCAGUCUGGCUCUGAGGGGGGAGUUCUGUGACUGCUCCACCCAGCCCAAUCUGGACUUAGCGGCUGAGUUCAGAGGGAAGUACUACAAGAUGGCGUCUCAGAUGGAGUUGGAUGAGUUCCUCAUGAAUGCUGUGAUGUAUGUGCCCCCUCUGGCUCCCUUGGAACUUCCCCCGGCGGAUGAGUUGCCGAGGAGGAGGACUACAGCUGAAGUGAAGUCCUUAUUUCCAAAGAGGAUAGAACUCCAAGGAUACGACCCAGUCGCAUUCCUAGAUGGCAAACUGCGAUAUGAGGCGAUUAUUCCUGGGGACGCAGAGAGCUUCGUCGCAGAAUACAGGAAGAAACUCUAUUGCUUCUCAUCUGAGAAACACCUCGAGAAGUUCCUGCGACUUCCCGAAAAAUACUGGAACCUAACUCUGCCCCAGAAACUUCCUCCCAAGAAACAACCCCUCUCAGUCACUGGACUGCCUAUGCUUGGCUACCUGGAACAGACUGUGGCUUCUGCCAUCAUUAAGAGUCUGACAUCGGUUGGCGCUUUGAAGCCGAAACAUCCCUUUUUGAGUCCCACGAGGUCCGCGUUGGUGUAUGUCGCAUUCCAUCUUAAAGCCAACAAUCCAUCCGCCUCUGAGUUCAAAAAGAAGAAAUAUAGGCAGAAGGUGGCUCAAUUCCAGGAAAAGUGUGAGCUUAUUCACUACCUGUCCAAUAACAUGACUUUGAACUACAGAGAACCGGCGCACAGACCCAUAGAUUUCGACCACAAAAUGGCUUCUUUCUUACAGUUGAAACACGCACAACCUCAGUUGAACCUCAUCGCGUGAACAGAUUCUGUUUCUAAAGCGAGCUAAACAACAUUUUUUUUGACCGUCAAAUGAAUCGAGGAACUUUUCAAUAUUAAUCUAAACUGAAUAACAAUCGUAGAAGAAAUUUUGAUGUCUGAACAAAAAAAAAUCAUUUCCUUUCAGAUGUAGGAAUUCUUUCUUACAGAAAAAAAAAGAAAAUUGAAGUUGGAAAAUUGUUGCUUAAAUGCAGAAUUUUGAACUAUUAGGUAGAUGAUCAUCAUGUGAAAAACACACACAGAAGUCGAAUCUUAUGCCUAAAGUUUUAAACCG